AUGGAGAAGACAGAGGCUGAGAGCGAGGGCAAAGCGUCUACAAGAAAUGGGCACUCGGAUCCAUUUAAUAUCCAGCAACCGAGCGUGGAAACCAUGUUGCAUCUCAGCGAUUUGCAGGACCGGCGGUCUAGCAGCAGUUCCCUGCCCAGCAGCGUGGCUGAGAAGGAGUGCAACUCGGACCUGAACAGCGACCAGGACAAGGCAAAGGACUGCAACGGGCAAGUGGUCCCCAAGGUCAUGCUGGAGCGCUCCGCUACGGUGAUUGAUUUCAACCCAACCAACGAGCCGGAGAAAUCAGACCACAACCACCUCACUGUGGGUAACCAAGAUGGGCCAGGCCUUGAGAAGAGGGUGGGGAGUGCCAUCAGUGUCAUCUCCAACGCUGUGGAAGAGCUGGAGGAAGCUCACCAGAAGUGCCCGUCCUGGUGGUACAAAUUUGCCCACACGUUCCUGGUCUGGAACUGCUGUCCUCUGUGGAUGAAGCUGAAGGAUUUUGUCAAGCUGGUGGUGAUGGACCCCUUCGUGGACCUGGGCAUCACCAUCUGCAUUGUGCUCAACACAGUCUUCAUGGCCAUGGAGCAUUACCCCAUGACGGAGAAGUUUGAGAACGUGCUAACCGUGGGGAACCUGGUCUUUACGGGGAUCUUCACGGCAGAGAUGGUCCUGAAGCUCAUUGCUUUGGACCCCUACGAGUAUUUCCAGCAGGGCUGGAAUAUCUUUGACAGCAUCAUUGUCACCCUGAGCCUGGUGGAGCUGGGCCUGGCCAACGUGCAAGGGCUCUCCGUGCUUCGCUCCUUCCGCUUGCUGAGGGUUUUCAAGCUUGCCAAGUCCUGGCCCACCCUCAACAUGCUCAUCAAGAUCAUCGGCAACUCAGUGGGCGCCCUGGGGAACCUCACGCUGGUGCUGGCCAUCAUCGUCUUCAUCUUCGCCGUGGUGGGGAUGCAGCUCUUUGGGAAGAGCUACAUCGAGUGUGUGUGCAAGAUCUCCCUCGACUGCACGCUGCCCCGCUGGCACAUGAAUGACUUCUUCCACUCCUUCCUCAUCGUCUUCCGCAUCCUCUGCGGGGAGUGGAUAGAGACCAUGUGGGACUGCAUGGAGGUGGCUGGCCAGACCAUGUGCCUCAUCGUCUUCAUGAUGGUCAUGGUCAUCGGGAACCUUGUGGUGCUGAACCUGUUCUUAGCUUUGCUGCUGAGCUCCUUCAGUGCUGAUAGCCUGGCGGCGUCGGACGACGAUGGAGAGAUGAACAAUUUGCAGAUCGCUCUUGGCAGGAUCACCAAGGGGAUCGACUUCGUGAAGACCUCUAUCCUCAUGCUGCUCCGCAGGCUGUGGAAGGGGAAGAAGGUGGCCCCGGAGGAAGAGCAAGAGCACAGUAAGAGGGACAACUCUGUGCUAAACCAUGUGGACACUGGCCAGGAGCCCAAGUCGGAGUACCUGGAUGGAGGCACUGGCAAAGAGUAUUUUUUCAUGGAUGAACUGGACCACAUGAAUUUCAUUAACAACCCCAACCUGACGGUGCAAGUCCCCAUCGCCUCGGAGGAGUCUGACCUCUAUGAGGAGACGAGCACCCAGUCCGACACCGAAGAUGCCAAG